AUGUCCUCGAUUCACUACAAGUUUCGAGCGACACUGGAAUACAAGACACUCCAGUUUGACGGGUUACAUAUCACCGGAGCAGAUCUCAAGAAGGAGAUUUGUUUAAAGGAAGGGAUUAAGGCAGAGGCUUUCGAUUUGCUUUUACAGAAUGCUCAUACUAAGAGAAGUUAUACGGCAGAAGAACUCAUUCCUCGAAACUCGUCGAUCAUUGUGCAGCGAGUCCCACGAGAAGACGCCGAAAAGGGUGUCAAUACGGGAGCCGUCGUACGACCCUCAGCAGCAGAAACUGGCUUGGCAGCUCCUGCGCAUAUGAAUCCGGUUCGUGUUUUCUUUUUCUACUUUUGCUAUGCCCUGGAAGCUUUCUCCUCAAUGUUUUUGUUUAAGGAGGAGUUUGAGAAGUUGUCGGAAGAGGAUCAAAUUGCUCAUAUCAAGGAUGUAUCUACAGCAAAGUAUCACUCUAGCAACUUUCAAAAGAAGACGACGAACAUUAUGUCCGGACCACCGCCUCCAACCUAUACUUGCAAUCGCUGCUAUCAACCUGGUCACUGGUACAAGAACUGUCCAAUGGUAAUCACCAUCGCUGCGCGGAUGCGCCUUUUGGUCGCCGUAAGCCGGUAG